GUGGUGACGCUGACACUAGCCUGCUGCCAUGGAGACCAGAGCCCUCUGGCUAAUGCUGCUGGUCCUGGUUGCUGGGUCCUCUGGGGUAGCUGCAGAGUACAUUGGCCUGUCUCCAAGCCAGUGUAUGGUGCCGGCGAACGUCAGGGUGGACUGUGGCUACCCCAGCGUUACAGAGAAGCAGUGCAACAACCGCGGCUGCUGCUUUGAUUCCAGCAUCCCAAAUGUGCCCUGGUGCUUCAAACCUCUGCAGGAGAGUGAGCCCAAGCCUAAGCCUGAUGCCUACCUCCUGCGGAAGCAGAAUUCUGGGCAGGCCACCCUGAUGCACCUGCAGGGCAUGGAGAGGAGCAAUAGGGAGGGCUGUGUGGGCUGUGCCUCUGGGGUUGCGGUGGUGGCAGCCUCCAUGUUCCAGUGGCUUUACCGGGUCACAUGGAUCCCAGCAGAGGACAUGGUCCUGCUGGCCAGCGCAGCACCUGGAGCCGGCGUUUGA